AUGACGAACUGGACCUUGGGAGACAAAUUCACAGAGAAAUACCCGCAUCUGAGCGGCGUCAAGGCGCUCUGGGAGACGAAAUGGAAAUUCCCCGCCACCAAGGCCGUCUACCCAUUCCACGACGGCAAAUACGAAGACUUUGCGCCAAUAUUCGAAAAGCUGAUCGCCGACAACGUCAACGAUGGCUAUUCGGAUGCGUACACGGAGUACUUCCUCCCGACGGCCGAGAGACUCACCGACGACGCUCUUUCUGCGCAAGGGUCCGACCGCGCGAAGGCAGUUGAUCUCUUCAAACGGGCAGCCGCCGUUUAUCGUAUUUCUCGAUUCCCGUCGGUGGAUGCGGGUUCUGGUCUCAAACGGAAGAUCUACGAGACUCAGAAACAGGUCUAUCUGCGAGGUGCAAGUCUGUGGGAUGCUCCCUUGAAAGAGGUCAUUAUUCCUCACACGGCCGCGGAGGGCGAAGACGGGAAGGAGAUCCCCUUGUACCUCAGGCUCCCCUCCGGAACCAGUAAAGAUAAGAAGGCGCCUGUUGUAUUGCUCAUUACAGGUCUUGACGGCCACCGCCCAGACAACUCUGCUCGGACUGACGAGUUCACUUCUCGUGGCUGGGCAACCGUGAUCACGGAGAUACCUGGAACUGCAGACUGCCCCGCGGCAAGAAGAGAUCCCAAGUCUUCCGAUCGGCUGUUCACUGCCAUCCUAGACUGGAUCGCGCAGCAACCGUACCUAGACUCCCAGAAAGUCCUAGCCUGGGGCUUGUCGGCCGGCGGCUAUUAUGCUAUCAGGGUCGCGCAUACUCACCACACGAGACUGAUAGGCAGCAUUGGGCAAGGAGCUGGAACCCAUCUGUUCCUGUCCCGGGAGUGGCUUGACCACGUUGACGACCACGAAUACCCAUUCAUAUUAAGCCACGCCUACGUCCUCAAAUACGGCUACAAGGACUGGGAAGAGCUCAAAGAAAAGGCGCAGAAGGAUUUCAGCCUCGUGGAGAGCGGCAUUGUCGACGGGCCUUCCUGCCGACUGCUUCUGGUGAACGGUACGUGGGAUGGCUUGAUGCCGAUCGAGGACAGCGUUCUUUUGUUCAGCCACGGCCGACCCAAAGAGGCUCGUUUCUACGACAAGAUGCUUCAUAUGGGCUACCCCCCAGCGAAUGAGAGUAUAUAUCCCUGGAUGGAAUCGGUCAUGGGCACAGCUUCAUGA